AUGGUAUUCCAUCGAAAUUGCUGGGAGCAGUUGCUUGCCAACCGACGCAGCCUGGCGAAAUCAGAUUCGCUACUUCUGCAAACGGCUGCAUCCACCGCUGAGCAUUUUGAUGCCGCUGCUGUACUGCGCAAAAGCUCGCGAGCAAUCUGCUUCACUGGAGCAGGGCUUUCUACAGCAGCCGGACUGGGCGAUUAUCGGGGCAAGCAGGGCAAGUGGACUCUCGAAGCCCAAGGUGCAGACCUUGCAUACACCACCGUGUAUGAGGAAUUGCGGCCUACUUUUGCACACGAGGCCAUCGCGAAGCUGGUGGAGAUUGGCAAGACAUUCGGUACAAGUUUAUAUGCUUUCGCGAGUUAUCGCGCAGUGUAG